UUUAAAUUUCAUAUUAGGCCUAUAAAUGCUCGAACAGCAAACGAAAAUGAAACCCAAACCAGACUUUUCACAUUAACAUUGACUUUGCUGAUUAUGUCUUCUACACGUUUGACUAGUUCGGCCACGCUUUGAACAAUCGCCAACAGUUUGCCAACUAUAAAAGGGUUUACACGGGCCACCAUCGUUACCAUUCGUCGUGAACUGUUCGAUAACCGCAGAUCAAAACACCAACCAAGAAUCACCAUGAAGUUCCUGAUUGUCUUCGUUGCCCUCUUCGCCCUGGCUCUGGCCGCUCCUGCUGAUGUUUCGAUCGUGCGAUCGGAAUCCGAGGUUGGACCCGAGGGCUUCAAUUACAACUGGGCGACUAGCGAUGGCCAGGAGGCUAAUGCUGCUGGUAAGCUGAAGGACGUUGGAACCGAGAACGAGGCCAUCUCCGUCCAGGGAUCCUACCGCUUCAUUGGUGAUGAUGGUGUCACCUACGAAGUCACCUACAUCGCCGAUGAGAACGGAUUCCAGCCCCAGGGUGCCCAUCUGCCCGUUGCCCCCGAGGCCUAAGUUGAGUUGCUUGCAUUCAAAGCAGCUUUAAUGCCACCCAAUCCUACACAAUUCCUUGUUAUUUUUCCCAAACUUCCCUACUUUCGGUUUCCCUUUCAAUGGAUGGGAAAGAAUCCUAAGUCACAGAACGCAAUUUGUUGAAUAUUAAAAAAUGAAGAUUUCAA